GGGGCGGCGAUUCAUUCAAAAGGCGCGCAGCUUGCGCGGGCGCCCGGGCGCUCACCGACACGGGCCCGGGCACUGCGUCGAUCCAGGAGCUGGGCAGCUGGAGGGGGCGGCCAGCCCCGUCCGGGAACACACGCCGGGAGGACAGCGGCCGCCUCUGUUCCAUCUCCACCUGCUGGGGCCUGAGGAUGAAGCUGAGCCUGCCGCCCUGGCCCCUGUCCUGUCUCCUCGUGCUGCUGCCCUGGCCUCUGGCCACUGCUGCGUCGACAGCCCCUCGGCAGUGCCCACCCGGGCAGGAGCCCAAUGUGGAACCAGGGCGGGGCACAUUAUGUAGGUCCUGCCCCCCAGGCACCUUUUCAGCUUCCUGGGGCUCUCGGCCGUGCCAGCCCCACUCACACUGCAGCUCUCGAGGGAGGCUGGAGGCCCAGGGGGGCACGGCAAUGCAAGACGCACUAUGUGGAGACUGCCAGCCUGGGUGGUUUUCCCCUGCAGAGGCCCCGGGUGUUCCCUGCCAGCCGUGCGCCCGGACCCCCCUGGGUGGCCGCAGCUGUCACGAACGGGGGCAACGGGCCCGACGUGGCGUGGAGGUGGCCGCAGGGGCCGGCAGUGCAGGGGAGACGCGGCAGCCUGGGAACAGCACAAGGGCGGGCAGCCCCGAGGAGACAGCUGCCCAGUACGCAGUGAUCGCCAUCGUGCCCAUCUUCUGUCUCAUGGGGCUGCUGGGCAUCCUGGUGUGUAACCUGCUCAAGCGGAAGGGCUACCAUUGCACGGCCCAGAAGGAGGUCGGGCCUGGCCCCGGAGGCGGAGGCAGUGGGACCAGCCCUGCCUGCCGGCCUGAGGACACCAGUGAGGACACCAUCGGGGUCUUGGUGCGCCUGAUCACAGAGAAGAAAGAGAAUGCCGCGGCGCUGGAGGAGCUGCUGAAGGAGUACCACAGCCGACAGCUGGUACAGACCAGCCACCGGCCUCUGCCCAGGCUGUCGCCGGGCCCCCCCAGCAUGCUGCACGUCUGCCCGCAUCGCCAGCACCUCCACACCGUGCAGGGCCCGGCCUCACUCUCGGGCCCCUGCUGCUCCCGUUGUAGCCAGAAGAAGUGGCCCGAGGUGCUGCUGUCCCCUGAGGCCGCAGCUGCCACCACUCCUGCUCCCAGACUCCUGCCCAACCCAGCCAGGACCCCCAAGGCUGGACGCCAGGGCGAGAUCACCAUCCUGUCUGUGGGCAGGUUCCGUGUGGCCCGAAUUCCCGAGCAGCGCGUGAGUUCAGUGGGCUCCGAGGUGAAGACCAUCACGGAGGCUGGGCCCUCAGGGAGUGAGCUCCCCAACUCCCCACGACCUGGCCUCCCCAGUGAGCAGAGGGCACUUCUAGGAAGUGGUGGAAGCCACACUAAGUGGCCGAAGCCCCCAGCAGAGAACAAGGCCGAGGAGAACCGCUAUGUGGUCCGGCUAAGUGAGAGCAACCUGGUCAUCUGAGGGGCUGUCCCAUCUGAGGACCCUGCAGCCCUGCCCUGAGCAGUUCCGAAGCCCUCCUGGAGAAGGUGGAGCUGCAGCUGGGCCCAUGAGGAUCCAGAAACGCCAGCAGACAAAACCGCCAAGGCCUGGAGGUGGGAGUGUCCACCCUGGUGAGGAGACAGGCAGGCCGGCCGGCGGGUGCUGUGUGCAGGAGCAGGUGGAAGGCCCCCCGUCCCUGCCACCCAUUUCCUUCCCCGCAGGUCCCUGACCUCUGCUCCACCGGGCAGCUAGGCCUUGUGGUGGGGAAGGGCCCUCUGCCUGGCACCCCUGGCCCCACCCUUGCCUCUGUAGGGGGACUGCUCCAUUCUUUUCUGACAGGUCCUAUAAAGGACCUGGGCUGGGAGCUGAGUUCUGGGUUUUCAUCUGGAGCAAGCCCCUGGCCAUUACUGGGUCCCAGUUUUUUUGACUGUGAAGUGGGGGUAGCAGCAUCGUGGCGCACAGGGCCUUCCCGCCUCGCAGGCUCUGGGCUGGGUUGUGGGGGUGGAGCUCGACUCCACGCCGCCCCUCCCACUAGUAGCUUUAUCUGACCCAGUUUUUGCUGCUUCAGGGCUUCCACCUUCAAGUCUCCCCCGGGGCUGCCUGAAAGUGGCUCUGCAUACAUAAGGGGCCUAAUGCAUGUGCCUGCCCCUGCCCCUGCUGUUUUUAUUGAAACUGAAGAAACAGACUUGACCUGGGCAGGACUGUGGUGCAGAGCCCCAGCCACCCCCAAGAUCUCAGGCGCUUCAGAGGGAAAGUGGUGUGUGUGACGGGGCUGGGAAGGGGCCUCCGGCCUCGGUGGUUUGUGUCCCUGCGGUGUUGGUGUCUGUCCCCUGGCCUGGGCAGUGCAGGCGACUGCCCCGCCUCCGUCUCCACGCUGGCUCAGCAGUCUCGUUAUUUAUGUGGGGCUGUGCAGGCACGGGCCCACGGCUGUCCCCGUGUCUCUUAUUUAUUGAAACUUGGCUGUUGUCCGUCCUUGUGUCUCCAUACCCAUCCAUUUGUUGAAUAAAAAUGUGGGAAGUAGUGUCAGGAGGAGCUUCUGUCCUUGCACCUCCUCCAAGGUUGCCCGCCCACUGCAUAGUUCUGUCAGGCCCUGUGUGGGGGACAUGCCAUCCCUCCCCUGGCAGUGUCUGCUGUUUGGCAGGUGGGGCACCAGGUGAAGUGGGGCCAGAGGUGGCCUCGCAGGUCGUCUGGCCUUAUCUUCCCUUGGGUAAGGAAGAGCUGCAGUCCAACCACAGGUAUAGGCUUCAGGGAGAGGGGGUUUUUAGUUAACUCCAGGUUCUUUUGGUGUUUGGUAUUGUUUUAAAAGAUGGAAGGGGACAUAUUUAAACACUAAUGGCAAAGAGGCUCAAGGAGAGGCUGAAGAACCAAGAAGUGAUGCCUGGUGGAACCUGGGGUGGGGGUGGAAGGGGACACCCUGGGAAGGCUCAGGCUUGCUGCACCUGGGAGAUGGCAGUGGGCACACUGGGCAUAUGCCUGAAGCCUGACUUCACAUGGGGCAGAAGCCAUGGCGGGGCCCGGCCUGGCAACUGAGGGAAAACUCCUGCCCUGAGGGGAGGCUGGGCAGAUUCGAGUGGAGAUUCAACCUCUCCCUUCCUCUCACCUCUCUAGAGCACAGGCUUCUCUCUGCAGCUUCUCAGGUGGGCAGGAAAGGGAGGGCACCUCUGAGGAUCCAGGGCACAAAGCAUCACCUGGCUCUCAAGAGGGGAGGGAAGGAUACAGGCUGGACAUCAUGAGGAAUUUUCUGGAGCAUCAGAGGUUCAGCAUCAUCUAGAGCUCCAGAGUCUAGAACAGUGUUGUAGGGGACCAACGGGCACCAGGGCACCCAUGUUCCCUGGGGCCACUGUGGUGCUGUUGCUGUCCCUACUUGCCAGGGUGUGGUAGACUUGGCUGCCCCGAGCCAACCAACCCCACUUCACCGAGGGCCUGGACGACACACUGAGAUGAGGACGAGAUCGUGCCCUGGGUGAAAGGGGAGGCUGACCCUCCCACCCUCUGGCCUCCAUUCCCAGAGGGAAGCUGGACUCUGGUCUCUGGGAUGAGGCACAUACAGAUGGCAGUGAGGGUGGAGACUGAGGCUGGGUCUGAGCUUCCCAGGUGAGGUAAUGGACACCCAUCUCAGUGCUGGCCCUUGGGGUAAUAAGCACUGGUCGCCUCCAGACCAUGCCUACCACCCCAAUUUCCUGCUUGCUGGAAGGUAAGAAAAAGGAAUGGCUCUGGCCCCAGUCUCUUCACUUGAUCCUUGGGGAUACUGAAGCCACCUCCCAAAAGAGGGAGAUGAGCUGAGGACCAGCUAGGGGUGUGUCUGAUGCGGCUGACCCUGAGGACCCCCCCUCUCACCUGGAAGCUUUCCUGGCUCUAAAGCCUACUCUUGAGCUGAAGGUAGGCCGAGGCUGCUGGCAGGGGUGGGAGCUGGAGGACAAGAUGGGGCCCUUGGUGGCCACUGAGGACAGUUCUGAGCUUGACCUCUUCUCACUCCGCCGCCCCUCCUCCACGGGCUAGAAUGGUGUCCACCUCCCACCUGCUCCUGGGGUCAACCCUGCCACUGACCUGGAGCCGAGUCCCUGAACAAAGUCCCCUUCCUCUCGAGGAGGAACUGCUGUGACAGAGCCCGAGAACAUGGUCCCCGACAGAGCUCUCUGCCCCCGUAGAGGAGGGAGGUUCUGUUGAGGCCCGGGGUACAGUCUGGCGGAGAGGGCUCCAGAGGGUUAGUUACAGCUAGGCCACUUAGCCUCUUUGGGCCUCAAGGAUUCUCCCCAGUUGAGGAAGCUGAAUACUUGGGAGGCUGGCACGGCGUGGACGGUGGGAGCCAGGCCCUAGGAGGGAACAGUUCGUGCGAUGACCAGGGAGGGAAAUCAAGGCCCGGACCAAGGCAGUGGCUUUGCCCAGAAGGGAGAUUAGAGAUGUUUUGGACAUAAAUAAAACUGACAGCUCGUGAUGACAGCUUGGACGGAGACCAUAUUAUCACCUUCAGCCAUCCUUCUGGGACUACAAACCACUUCGCCCUAUUAAGUGGAUGUAGGCACUGCCUCCUCCAGGGUGGGCAGGAGAACUUAGGGCUCGGCACCUGUGCUUUGGAGCCAGACCAAGUGUAAGUUCCAACUCUGCCCCUCACUAGCUCUGUAACCUUGGCCAAGGUACUCGCUCUCCUCAGCUGCUCCCCCUCCCAAGGCCAGGGCCACCCACAGGGCUCACCUCCUGUCCUGGGGAUACUGCCAGUCACCAAGCAUAAAGCACAGCACCGGCCACACGGCGGGCACUCGGCAGAUGCAGCCUCCAUCAUUCAUGGCUUCCCUGCACUCCUGUGUCACACACCUUAGCCCAGGCCCCUGAACUGUGAGUGCCAGGGCUGCCCUGGAGAUGCAGCGUAGGUAUCGCUCGACUGGUGAAAACAAGUUUUGAAUCAACUUGGGAGAAACCCAGGGGACACUCACCAACCCAACAGGUGUCUGUGUCUCCCUCUCCCAAGAACCACAAGUCUGGUCACUCCAGACUUUUUUUUGGAAACUUUUUUAAUAGUUAUUGAAUGUUCUACAGCUUACAGUAAAUAUCAUAGUUACAAAUUCUUGGCUUCAAUCUUUCAGAGUGAUCACUAUCUGAUCUUCAAAACAAAACGGAACAAAAACCCAAAAAAAUCCAAAACAACAGAACAAAACCAGAUUUACACUUCAUACACACAAGCGAGGCCGCGGGGCUUUCCACUCUUUACACUCCAGGCUGUGUUUUGAAAACACCUAUAAGUUCUUUGCUCAAACUACUUGGAAGACACCGGUCAAAGGUUUAUUAUUAUUAUUUUAAAUGUUUUUCUUUUUAAAAUGUGAGUUCCAAUAAAAUUUAAAAACUAGAUUCCAACCUGUAGAUUAAAAUGAAUUAAAAAAUACAAAAUCAUAUACAACGCUCUCUCACAGGAUGGUACAUGCCACGAGAACAAGUUUCUCUGUCGUGUGAUAUGAACAGGGAUGCAGAUGCCUUUUAGUCAGGAGAUGGGGACAGGCCUUUGGGCCUUUAGAGGUCAUGACAGACAACGCCACGUUGCUAGAGGCCUGGCCUUACCUCCCCUUGGGUAAGGAAGAGCUGCAGUCCCACCAUAGAUCCAGACAAGCUGGCUGACCCGAGAAGGUGGUCUCCGGCCAGUCCCACUCUUUCCCUGACUCUCAGGCAUGAGAAGGAAGGCUGGAGCCUGGAGAUGCUGGUCUUGCUGGGGUCAGGCCCAAAGACGACUUCACCCAUUUGAGACCUAUGGGCUGAUACUUAUCAGCAAAGUUGUUAUAUGUGUUCUCUUCAAAAAAGGAAAAUAGCCCCUCUACCAGGAGCUGGACUGGGUACAGGGCCUCAAUGCCACAGCAAGAAGACCCAGGGACUACAGAUGCAGCCACAGGGAAGCAAGCAUUCUAGUUUCCCUUUCUGGCUCUGUGGCAGCCAGUCCUAAUCACCUGGCCACUGGGCUGGACUCAACAGCACACAAGGUAGAAAAUACCCAUUGGAGAAAGUGAGGAGUGAGACCCAAGUCUGGCUCAGGCAAGACUGGUUAUGGAAUGUUGAAACUGACCUGCCAGGAAAUUUAAAGGCCAGGCCCUAGAACCAUGUAAUGCCUAAUUUCAGAAACAGGUUUUCUAGAAGGGGACGUGGACAGGUAAAGGACAGAUCCUGCCGCCAACCUGGCACACCCAAAGGAGGCUGAGCUCUCUCAGGCUCAGCUGUGGAAUUUGAUGGGGCCUGGCUGGGUCUCCACUGUGAUCCAGCUUUUGGAGGUAAGUCUAGCCUGGAUUCUCCUGGGGCUGGACACCGGCAUGGAGCCUGCCCCUCCACUGCCCAACCUGCCUCCUCUGGAUUCCCAAGCUUGGCAAUCAGCUGGGGACCACAUGCCCUACAGUGCUGUGGAAUACAGGGUGAAAAGCAGAGCUUCCACGUGUACUUUGAACUGCAAUUGAGGAGCAAAUGCCAUGGUGACAUCUCAGUGACUGAUCCAGCCACAGUGCUGUGACCAAGACCUGUGCCCUCUAGGCCUCCCUCUGGCCUCCCUCAGAGCAGAGCUGAGGGUCUGACAUGCAGGGGUCCAGGCCAGAUUCAGCCAGUGCCUCUCUGGACCUCUGGCCGAGUCCCAUCUGCACAGUGAGGACAUCAGAACUCGGUGACCAAAGGAUCUGCACUACUCCUAUGCUCCAUGUGAUUCAUUUCUGAAGGGUACUUGGAACAAAGUUAGCCUCUCUGGACAAACUCCCAGAUCUCUGGAACACUUUGGGUGGCCAAGGGUAAGAGUUGGGAUGAGGUGGAAGGACUGCACAGUGUCUCUCUAGAUCCUGGUCCUCACCCUUGGGAAAAACAAAUCCAGGGACUGGAUU